CAGAAAAGAGUGAAAAAAGUGUGCAAAAACAGUUACAAAAAAAUAUAGAAGUAAAAUAAAUUAACAAUUUACAAAGUACAGUAAACACAGUACAAUAUACAGCUAUAUACAAGUCCUCAUAAGGUAGGAAAAGAGGACAUAGUGCAUUCAAUGUAAUCUACUGUCUGACAAAUAUGAUGACCAGAAUAAAUUAUCUAAUAAAUUAAUGGUUAAAACGAAAAUGACACAUGUUCGUUUGAUGGCAGCCACCCAAUAAAUAUAUAAAUCAAUGUUUUAUUUGAAACAAACAUGCCGUCGUGUAUUGCCUUCGAUGCAAAUUCCUGUAAAGGUCUGGCUGUAAACUGCAAGGUGAAUUCAUGAGACGUAUCAUCCAAGUCACAGUCAGCUUCCUGCAUGAGCUUCCUGUGCUCGCUUUAACCUGCCCGGAGUUUUUCUCUGCUGCCUCCAUGACGGCGCAGAUACGCGUCGUCGUCAGGCCUGCACAGGAAGUCGGCAGUAAGAACCUUUUACCCAAACAGAUGACCUCGGUACAUCCAGUCCUGCUUGUGACUGUUGUUUAGCCUUUUUAUCUCUGUUCUACAUUUAUAUUUAACUACGUUUGAACACCUGACUGCUUUCCGUUAAGAAUAAAGUUUGUAUGCAGACACAUUUUUAAGGGGAAUAUUUACCAGCAGAGACUAAUUGAAGGUUGACAGAAGCCUGAUUGCCACACUUACAUAAACUCAUUGACAACAAAAGCAAACUGAGCUUUUGUGUGCUCUUGUGGCAGAUCAUCUUGAGCUGCUUUGCACAAAUCAAGCCCCCUGAUUUCUCAUGCUAUGCAGUCUGCAAGCACAGCCCGGCAAGAAGCAGAGCAGUUUAGAAGAUCAUCGCAACACAAAAGCAAAAGCAUCGUUUUUUUAUGCUCAUCACAAACGUUAGCCGAUUCUUGGAGGAAACUCUUGAUAGACUGAAUGUCAGUCUAUCAAUACUUUCACACUACGGCGAGUUGUGUCCUCAUAAGCUUUGUUAUAAUAGUGGUGUGUACUACUAAUCACAUAAUUAACCUUUUGAACUGUAAAUCAACAGGCGCUUUUAAAUACGGAGGACUAAGGAUCCAUUUAUUGACUGUUGAUGUCCAAAUUAUUUCUGACAUCCCUCUGACUGUAAUCCCUAAUGUUCCUGUUGUCGCUGUUGUCUUCUUCUGUGCCGCCCUCAGCUCCUGUUGGGUCGCCUCUCUGCCUUUGGACUGAGCCGGUUGUUCUUGUCCUGGUUAAUGGUCUCACUCAGGACAGACAGCGUUCAGACCAACCUCUGCCAACAUCUGGAGGGUAGGGAGCUACUGUGAGCGUGUUAUUCUGACCAGUGUCAUGUCCUCCUCCAAAACAAGUCGUGACAUAUCAGCUGAUGCUUUGUUAUCGAACUUUCUCAAACUCACACUUAAUUUGCGGGGGGGAAAACAAAAUCCAGCUUCUGUCUACUUUGGUGUCUUUCCACAAUGCUGAGAUUAGUCUUCAUGUUUGAUGACUCAUGAUGCACUUCCUUCAGCUUUGCCUCUGCUGAUUUAACCCACUUCCACACAACAGGACGUGAGUGCAGUGACCCGUCAUCGUUAUGGACGUGUUCAUCUCUGUACGUGUUAAUAUGUUCUUGCAAACGGCCCUCACUUGAACGGUCCUAACUGGGGGGUCUUAAAUUGAAAGCACAGGAAGUGGUGUGUUUUGGGGUUUUUUUCGUUAGUCACAGUGAGCUCAUUAACUUACAAGGAGUUGUGCUUAUUUAAAGGAUGAGACAGCAAAAGGGGUGCAUCACUGUUAACCUCCCUCUCCUCAGUGUGCUCUGUAGUGACAGCAGUUGUUCUCUCUGCAGUUAUGGAUCAAUGGAAACUUGUUCUUCUUCUGCCACUGUGUCUGUGCUUUGACUCUGAAGGUACUGUGAGCUCCUCAUUACAUUCAGUUUGUCCCGAGUUAGCUGGUUUUUCAGUUGUCUAUUGUGCAUCAUCUUUCUUUUUCUAGCGCGCUCAGAAAUCGAAAAAUGUAUGAAAAAAGAUCACAAAAAGUCAUUGAGAAGCUCUCCUCCUGUUGCUUACAGUGACUGUUGUGAGAACCACUGCCAAAGAACCAGACGUGGUUCAAAUAUGCACCAAAGAACUGGUGAAUAUCCUCAUGGUUAUCUGUGAGAUCAGCACAGGAAGGACGAGGGGGGGUAAGUGCCGUCUGCUGUAUCAGCACAGAUGGGGCUUUGUGAAUGAAUGCGACUCCAGGUUCAAACUCGUGGCAAAGAAUCAGGUUGCAUUUCUCCACCUGACCGAAUUAACACCUGAGGACAGUGGGAACUACACCUGCGAGUGUUCACAUCCUGAGGGAACAUACAGUUCCCAUCAUAACAUCAUCGUGGAGGGUAAAUGUUUGAUUUAUUUUCACCAGUUGCCUUUUCUGCACUCUGUUGGGGCUCAGAUUAUCUCCCAUUGUGUGUUAACAAAUUCAGCAUCAUAUGAAGUGCAGCUCAGCAGCAGUUAUUCCUGGAUAUGGUCCAUCGUCGUGGCUGUCGCCACAUUUACUGCUGUGCUCGGACUUGUCCUCGGAUGUAUCUGGAGAACAAAACACCGCAGACAGGGCAGGAGGUCAGAAGAGCCUGGCUUGUCUGCCUGUGAAACCCCGUCCUCUGUGGAUGGGCAAUAUGAGUUCCACAAAAGCCUCCAGCUUCCAGAAUGCGAUCUGUACCAGAACAUCUCCUCACUGCUGCAGCAAGAGGAUGCCAAGAGGAGUUCAGCUGGCAGCAGCGUAUCGACUUCCUGUUUGGAACAGGAAACAGAUGGAGAGACUGAUCAGAAUUGCAAAAUCUAUGAAAACAUUUGAAUCAAAAAUUCAAGAUGACGCAUUUUUUGGCUUAUUGAAGCGUUUGAGAUAGAUGUGGCAAUUAAACCCGCUUGGGGACAUGUUUACGCACAACAGCAGCUACCUGUGCAGGCGCUGCAGAAGAUCCGUCAGCAGGAGCCCCCCAGUUAUAAAUAUUUCUGCACGGAGUUGAGUGUAAAUGCCGCGUGUCUGACGGGAAAUGUUUUUUGUAGAAUCGGUUUCAGGUGUGAUUUCACACCAGGCUGUCAAGCUAUAGCUUCUGCUGCCCUCUCUGGUUGAAAGUUUCCCUGAUGCUGUUUGAAGUUAACAACCGGGUCAGCAAAGACGAGAGUGUCGUGUUCUGCCAAGUUACCUGACUUACUGAGUGUCAUGCUGGACUGUAAAUGCAUCGUUAUUCUGUAAAAUACAUCCUGUAAAGAUGUUUUCCUUUCUGUACGGCUCAGAAACCUGCUGCUGGUCACAUUAAAUGUACUCACUCGGUGUGUUAUAAUAUAGUGUGUGAUGCAUUAGUCAUUCACCAGCUGUACUUAAACUGAGUUCACAGGAGAAGCCAAUGACGAAGACCAGUUAAUUCCUCAGCACCAAAUUACAGAGGGAAAUGAGUGUUGUUCUGACAAGCACGUUUAAAUUUUAUUUUCUGUUUUGUUUUUUUUAUAAUUAUUUUUAUUCACCCUCCCUUCAAAAAAACACCAAAC